CAAGGUCAGGUGAGCCAUGGCCCCCCAGCUGCCCCUGCUGCUGCUUUUGCUGUUGGCCCCACAGGGAGGUCAUAGCUGCCAUGAGGCAGAGCUGGACCGGGAGCUCGUCCUGGCCAAGGUGAAGGCCCUAUUCCUGGAUGCCUUGGGUCCCCCAGCGGUGACUGGGGAAGGUGAAAUUCCUGGAGCCAGGCGGCUGCCCCGAAGACACGCUGCAGGGGCCUUCAUCCGCAGGGUCUCAGAACCAGAGCAGGAGGAAGUCUCCCAGGCCAUCCUUUUCCCAGCCACAGGUGCCAGCUGUGAGGAUGAGGCAGCUGCUGGAGGGCUGACCCAGGAGGCUGAGGAGGGUUUCUUCACAUACGUGUUCCGGCCGUCCCAGCACCUGCGCAGCCGCCGACUGAUUUCAGCACAGCUAUGGUUCCACACCGGGCUGGACAGGAAGAGCUUGGCACCCUCCAAUAGCUCAAGGCCCCUGCUAGACCUGCUGGUGCUGUCAUCUGAGGGCCCGGUGGCUGUUCCCAUGUCCUUGGGCCAGGCGCCCCCUCGUUGGGCAGUGCUCCGGCUAGCCACUUCUGCUCUCCCGUUGCUGACCCGCCCUAUCCUGGUGCUAUUACUGCGCUGCCCUCUCUGUUCCUGCUCUGCCCGGCCUGAGACCACACCCUUUAUCGUGGCCCACACUCGGGCUGGACCGCCCAGCAGAGGGGAGAGAGCCCGGCGCUCAACUCCUUCGAUGCCCUGGCCUUGGUCUCCCACUGCCCUGCGCCUGCCGCAGAGGCCUCCGGAGGAGCCUGCCGCCCAUGCCUACUGCCACAGAGCUGCACUGAACAUCUCCUUCCGGGAGCUGGGCUGGGACCAGUGGAUUGUCCACCCCCGCAGUUUCAUCUUCCACUACUGCCACGGUGGCUGUGGGCUGCCCACCACCCCAGACCUGCUCCAGGCAGUCCCUGGGGCGCCCCCUAGCUUGGUCCAGCCCUUUACUCUGGUGCGAGGGGCCCAGCCCUGCUGCGCUGCUCUCCUGGGGACCAUGAGGCCCCUACACGUCCGAACCACCUCAGAUGGUGGCUACUCUUUCAAGUACCAGACAGUGCCCAAUUUUCUCACGCAGCACUGUGCUUGUAUCUGAACAGGUCCCGCUCCCUUAUGAGUCCUGCCAAGCACCUGGCAUCGACAGCUGGGAGGAAAGAAGAGGGCAGGAAAUUGGUGCUUCCCAUGCCCCCUUCAGCUUCGCUGCCUGAGGGCUCCCCUCCCCAUUCCUCUCCUGUUCCGUGGGUAACAUGUGACAAUAAAGAACAUAGUGCAUACAA